UGCAAAACUCGAAGAUAAAACAGUAAUUAAUUGAUUGUCACUAAGCCGGUCAAAUAGUUUGACCCAGCUUGAAUAUAAACAGCAUGUGAGUUUGUUUAGUGAUUACAUAACGAACUCAUGAUGUUCAAAACACAAAUUGUGAAGUUGCUGAGUCGGAAAUAUGCCACAAAAACGAAAAUCGCCGUUUCGAAACCAAUCGUUGAAAUCGACGGUGACGAAAUGACCAAAAUAAUUUUCGCCGAAAUCAAAAAUAAACUAAUUUUGCCUUUCGUCGAGCUCGGGAGAGACUACUACGAUUGUAGCCUUCCGAAUCGAAAUGCGACCAAAAAUCAGGUAUCAAAAGACGCAGCUGAAGCAAUUUUGAGACACAAUGUAGGGAUUAAAUGCUCCACCAUAACGCCAGAUGAGGAACGGGUCAAAGAAUUCAAUUUGACCCAGAUGUGGCCUAGCCCAAACGGUAUGAUUCGAAACGCCCUCAAUGGGACGCAAUUCCGGGAGUCCAUCAUUUGCCGAAAUGUGAACAAGUACGUCCGUGGGUGGACCAAACCCAUCAUCAUGGGGCGCCAUACUUUCGGCGAUCAGUACGGAGGCAAAGACCUCACAAUCGAAAAACCAUCAAAAAUUUAUCUAACCGUGAAAACCGGCGAUCAUGAGGAAAAAUUCGAAAUUUUCGAUUACAAAAAUCGAGGUGUGGCGAUGGUGACGUUCAACACUGAAGAUAGCAUCCGAAACUUUGCAACUUCCUGCUUCCGGAUGGCCUUGGAACGCCAAUUUCCGGUUUAUUUCGCCACGAAAAGUACGCUCUUGAAGCAGUACGACAAGUUGUUCAAUGACGUGUUUUUGGAAGUUUACGAAAAAAACUUUAAGUCAAAAUUUGCCCAAGCUAACUUAACUUUUGAACUGCGCCUAAUUGACGAUAUGGCCGCCCAGGCUAUGAAAUCCUCCGGUGGGUUUUUAUGGGCUUUGAAAAGCUACGACGGUGAUGUCCUGUCGGACGUCGUUGGGCAGGGCUUCGGUUCCAUGGGUUUGAUGAUCCACAGUCUCAUAUCACACGAUGGUAGGACCAUAAUGACCGAACCAGCGCAUGGUACUGUGACCAGACACUUCCGCGAGUACCAAAAGGGUGUGAAAGUUUCAACGAACCCAAUUUCGUCCAUUUUUGCCUGGACCAGGGGUUUACAACAUCGCGCAAAGCUGGAUAAUAACCCAGAUUUGGGUAGUUUUGCCCAAACUUUGGAAAAAAGUACCAUUUCGACGGUUGAGGAAGGGUUGGUUACGAAAGAUUUGGCACCUUGUGUUUUUGGAACUGAAUUUAGGGAAGAUCAGUAUUUGGGGACUUCUGAAUUUAUUGAUAAAGUGGCACAAAAACUGGGCAAGCUUGUGUAAAUAAAUAAAACGUGAAAUUUUUA